CACGUGAUAAGUCUCACUGAUCAAGUCUCUGCUCUGUCUUCAUUAUGGAUGACCAACGCUUUCCAGCUAAUGUGCGCAUUAUUGGAGUGAUGCUCAAAGAUAAAGUUAAGAUGUUCAUGACCUCUGUGGUCUGGUCUGAUAGGAAUGAGGUGAUCAUCUACAGAUCAUUCCAAGAUUUCAAGAAACUCCAUAAACAGCUGAAAAAGAAACAUCCAUCGGCAACUCCAUUAUGCAAAUCUGACAGAAUUCUCCCCAGAUUCAGAGGUGUGAAGAGGAACUUCAAGAAAAAAGGACCGAGUAAGAGUGUCCACCGGGUCAAAGCUCUGGAGAAAUACUCCACAGAGCUGUUCCAGUGUGACCCCAGUGUCGCACAGAGUUCAGAGAUCAUCCAGUUCUUUCGGCCAAAAGAUCAUGAUCUGCAGCCAGACUUUGCCAAAAACAGCAUCCUCAUAGUUCCGUCAGAUGACCUGGGAGAAGGGACAGGAAACAAGCAGAGCAAGUGCCUCAGUAUGGGCAAUGUCACCCAGCCUUUCCUGACUCAGACCUACCGCACCGUUGCCCCUUACGAGACCAAGGACACCAAGAAUAGACCCUUCAAAGUGGAUGUAGAUCAAACCCUGGAUGUCCUCAUCAAAGACCAGAAAGGCUGGUGGCUUGUGGAGAAUGAGGAGAAAUGUCUUGCAUGGUUCCCUGCCCCAUACCUGGAGCCGUGUGAUGAGCAAGAGGACGAGGAUGAUUUUGAAGCUGCUUCCUUUGAAGAUACAUUGUACUGUGCAGCAAGAAACUAUGUCUCUAAAAAGAGAGACGAAGUAUCAGUAAACAUUGGCUCUGUGGUGGAAGUGUUGCGGAAGUCUGAUGAUGGCUGGUGGCUUAUCAGAUACAAUGGCAGGGUUGGCUACGUGCCGUCCAUGUACCUCCAACCUUACAACAACCCGUACUUCGGCCUCCAGAAGAAGCUCCACAGCUCCACCUUCAACCUGUCCCAGCUGCCGGGCAGCCUACGUGGACGCCUGGCCCCGACGGGUCAUUCCCGCUCCAUGGAGGACCUUCUUGAACCAAGUCGCGUGCGUGCCCGCAGUACGCUCGACAAUGCCGCAUCUGCCGCCAUCUCCACCGACCGCCAGCAGCUGGAUAGCAGCAUGAGCAUGGCCAGCGACGACACCGACUUCAGCUUCAGCUCCUCGGGGAGCCUGUCGGGGACGGAGGCGGAACAGUCGCCCAGGGUGUUCAGCCAUGGGGCAAGCCCCAGAGGUAGCCCCAGAGGUAGCCCCAGCAGUAGUGUUAGCGGUAGCCCCAGAGGUAGCCCCAGAGGUAGCCCCAGCAGUAGCGCUAGCGGUAGCCCCAGAGGUAGCCCCAGCAGUAGCGCUAGCGGUAGCCCCAGCAGUAGCCCCAGCAGUAGCGCUAGCGGUAGCUCCAUUGGGAGCCCCAGUGGCAGCCCCACCACCGCCAGGGUCCCCCCCAGAGUGCCGCCCCGGCCCCAGACCCAGGAGAUCUUCGCCCGCUGCACCACCUGCACCCGCAAGGCAGCCAUGGCCUCCAGGGCCCGGCUCCUCCCACAGCAGCGUGAGAUCCAGGCGCGCUAGCGAGCAGAAACUGAACUAACACCGAAAACGUGCCGCGUUUGAAGAGACCUCGGCAAAGAAGAUCAACAGAACAUUAACGUGACAUUGCAUAAAACAGACUUUUUCUAUAGAAAUUAUAUAUCUCAGUUGUAGACAUUUGAAUAGAAUGUCUCCCAUCCAGCUAGGUGUGAGGGAGUGUCAUUGGCCUACUUAAUUGUAUGGGCUCCAUGGUUACCUCUAUGAUGUUCAUUAUUAUUAUUAUGUAUUGCUUAUGUGCACUGCUUAUGUCUGUGUUAUAUGUAAGGUAUAAUCAACUCCGCGCCGUGCGUUUAUAGGAUAAUAGUGCACGUUCAAAGUGGUAAUAAGGUCCUGACGCAGCAGGCAAUAAUACAUAUUUUUGUACUUUCAUAACCUCUGACUCGCUUCAGGUCUUAUUGCAGGACUCCCCUUCCCCUUUCCCAUGGUUAUUCAAUAAACUUAGCUUUGAUUGGAA